UAUACAUGACUUUUCUCUAAUAUCGUCAGAAUAUUUUCCAGCAACUCUGCCGUUGCAAAAGCUGAAUUCACCCUCCAAAUCUUCAUGUCAAAUAUAAUACAACUACUUGUUAAUUGCCCCUCACUGAUCACAACCUUGUUUUACUGCAAUCGAAUUGUUUUUCAAGUUUCUCAUCCUUCAUAGUAUUUUGAAGUUUCUUAAAUCAUGGCACUGAGAAUCGCACCAUCCUUGUCUUCCUCGAGGCCCACAUGGAUUUAUGAUGUCUUUCUAAGUUUUAGAGGAGAAGACACUCGUUUUCACUUUACUGACAAUCUCUACCAUUCCUUGUGCCAAAAGGGGAUUCGUACUUUCAUCGACCAGGAAGGUCUUAGAAAAGGGGAAGAGAUUACUCCUGCUCUUUUUCACGCAAUUCAAAAUUCAAGGAUUUCCAUCAUUGUCUUCUCCGAAAACUAUGCAUCUUCAACCUAUUGCUUAAAUGAACUUGUAAAGAUCCUUGAAUGCGCAAAGAAAGAAGGUCGAUCAAUUUAUCCUAUAUUUUAUGGAGUGGAUCCAUCGGAAAUUCGACAUCAGACUGGAAUUUGUGCAGAAGCAUUGUCAAAACACGAAACUAAGUUCUACAAUGACGCUGACAAUGAGAAGGGACAGAAAUGGAGGAAGGCCUUACAUGAAGCAGCUAAUCUAUCGGGCUGGCAUUUCCAACAUGGGUCUCAACCAGAAUAUGAGUUUAUCAGUAAGAUUGUUGAAGAGAUCUCUGAAAAGGUAAAUUGCAUCCCUUUACAUGUUGCUGAUAAUGCAAUUGGGCUGGAGUAUGCAGUGCAAGGAGUGAAAUCUCUCCUUGGAGAUGGGUCUGAUGUCAACAUGAUAGGAAUUUAUGGUAUCGGGGAUAUAGGUAAAACCACGAUUGCUCGUGCUGUGUAUAACACUAUCUUUUGGCAUUAUCAAGGUUCGUGUUUUCUAUCUGACAUUAGAGAAAAGGCAAUUAAUAAACAUGGGAUUGUCCAACUCCAAGAAAUACUACUUUCUGAGACAUUCAAAGAAGGUAUUAAAGUGGGGGAUGUCAAUAGAGCAAUACCAAUAUUAAAAGGGAGACUUCAACAGAAGAAGGUCCUUUUAGUUCUUGAUGAUGUUGACGAAUUAGAGCAGUUAAAGGCACUUGCAGGGGGAUAUGAUUGGUUUGGCUCUGGAAGUAUAAUCAUCAUCACCACAAGAAACAAGCACUUGCUAGAUGCUCAUGGGGUAGUUAACUUAUAUGAGGUUAAACCAUUAAACGUUGAAAAAGCUUUCGAAUUGUUUAACUGGCAUGCCUUCAAAAAUGGUAAAGUUGAUCCAUCUUAUAUGAACAUUUCCAAGCGUGCAGUUUCUUAUGCGUGUGGCCUUCCGUUGGCUUUGGAAGUUAUAGGAUCCCACUUAUUUGGAAAAAACAUAAAUGAGUGCAGUUCUGCAUUAGAUAAAUAUGAAAGUAUUCCUCAUGAGAAAAUUCAUGAAAUACUAAAAGUAAGCUAUGAUGGUUUGGAAGAAAAUGAGAAGGGAAUUUUCCUAGACAUUGCUUGUUUCUUCAAUACCUGGGAACUGGGUAAUGUCAGACCAAUGCUAAAAGCUCAUGGUUUUCAUGUAGAAGAUGGUUUGAGAGUGUUGGUUGACAGAUCUCUCAUAAAGAUUGAUUAUUCUGAUUUUGUGAGAAUACAUGACCUAAUUCGAGACACAGGCAGAGAAAUUGUAAGGCAGGAAUCAACAAUUGAGCCAGGCAGACGUAGUAGAUUAUGGUUUAACGAGGACAUUGUUCAUGUUCUGGAAGAAAAUACGGGAUCUGAUAAAAUAGAAUUCAUAAAGCUUGAAGGGUACAAUAACGUACAAGUGCAAUGGGAUGGAAAAGCCUUCAAGGAAAUGAAGAACUUGAGAAUUUUGAUUAUUGAAGGUUCAAGGUUUUCUACAGGCCUCAAGCAUCUACCAAAUAGCUUGCGAGUGCUAGACUGGAGUUGCUAUCCUUCGCCAUCUUUACCUUCUGAUUUCAAUCCCAAACGUUUUGAGAUACUCCUUCUGCCUGAGAGUUGCCUUCAGAUGUUGAAACCACAAAAUAUGUUGGAAUCAUUGUCUGUAAUAAGCCUUCAAGAUUGCAAGUUCUUAACUGAUCUACCAAGCCUACGAGACGCACCAUUCUUAACAACUCUGCGUCUCGAUAAUUGCUGUAAUUUAGUUAACAUUGAUGAAUCAAUUGGGUUUCUUGAUAAGCUUCGCUUCUUGAGUGCUAGCUAUUGCACCAAGCUCUGCAUCAUGUUGACAUCUCUUGAAACUUUGGAUCUUGGGAGGUGCUUUAGUCUCGAGAGCUUCCCAGAAGUAUUGGGAAAGAUGGAGAAAAUAAGGACAAUAUAUUUAGAUUGUACAGGCAUAGACAAAUUGCCAUUGUCAAUUGGAAAUUUUGUUUGGCUUGAGCUAUUGUCGUUGACGGAAUGCGAAAGGCUUCAUCAGCUACCAGGUAGUAUAAGCAUAAUGCCCAAAGUUAAAGUGCUAGUUGGUUAUGGGCAUGGAGCAUAUCAAAUUUUUCAAGAGCAGUUGAGCUCAGAGGUGUCUCCAAGGGCCAUGCUUAUUGGUGAUUCUGACCUAUAUCUUGAUGUGUAUUAUUCAUACAUAAGUCCCAAUAAUUCCAUCCAAGUAUGCAGUCCUGAUCCUCUUUUCCAUUCUGAUUUCAAUUUGUUAUUCCCAAAACUUGGAAGGGAAGAGGACUGGCUUUGUUUUCGCAGGGAAUCAUCUAUGCAUUUCUCCUUUCGAAACAAAUUUCCUAAGAUAGCGCUAUGUUGUUCGAUACUAUUGCCUUUGUUGAAAAUUAUCAUGGUAAUGAAUUUGAAGUUCAGAGUAUUCAUUAAUGAUACUCUACAAUUCAGUGCUCUGUGCAAUUUCAUACUAAGAGAGUGGGACACAAUACUCUGGUGUGAUCUAGAAGGCAAAGUGGAGGGGGUGUUCUCAGAUGAAGAGUGGAAUAAAGCUGAGAUUGUAUUUGAGUUGGACUUCCCUAUGCGAAGAAAUAGUAGAAAUGGGAACACAAGAAGGAGCAUUGGUAUAGGAAGUCUAGGUUGGAGCCUAAUGGGUGUGUAUGAGGAAGGAAAUAAUAAAGAGGAUAUCGAAUUCAAAGAUCCCGUGUCAGUUUUUCCAUUAUGUAACAGACAACCUCCUUCUUCAUUACCUACUUCUUUGUACUAUGUCGUUAGCAGAGGAAAGCCUUAAUCAACGAGUAUGGGUGAAUACAGAUUGAAAAUUAUUGUUAGUUUUUGAAUUAAUUUUGACGGGCAUAUAUGCAAAAAACGAUUUUGGAUUUUGAAAACCAGAAAAGUAUUUCUCAAUUGAUAGACUUCCUUGUCUGAAAUUUUAACCAUCUCAUACUCCAAUUGAAACCUCCAAGCAGCAUUGUCUUGAUGAUUUCAAAUACUCCCACAUGUCCUUAGCAGUGUUAUAAGGCCGUGCAAAUUAAGAAUGAAAUAGAGGAAGCAAUAAGGAACAAUGAGAGUUUGGAGGCUAUCACAAAAGAAAGUGUUCGAAGGGACACUGCAAGGACCCAAAUCACAGAGCAGAAGGGAAAGGGUAGAAAAAUGGUUCAAGUUUCAAAAGUCAAGGGCAAAUUUGGUAGUCGUUCUAGUUCUGGAAAUAAUGGAUCAGGUAAUAAAAUCUGGCAAAGCUUCACCUGUCAAAUCUAUGAAAAAAGGGAUUAACGUUUCAAAAUCUGGGAAUUCUUCUAGGGCAAGUAGCACCUUCAGAAAAGGUUCUGCAGAUAAGAGGCAAACAGGUAAAAUGGUCAGUGCCACCAAAUCUACGAAUUCUAAACUUAAUGUUGUGGGGUUUCGGGGAAAAAAAUCAUCUUCAAAUAAUAAUGGUUCGGUUUUGUGAAGUGAAUUCUGCGUCAUAUUUGUAUCUUCUAGGGAGUAAAUGCCUCUCAAUUUUGUGUACUAGAUAAGAAUUUUUCUGUUAGAUAAGAAUUCUGUAGUAAAAUUAUUAUAAUAAUUUAAUAUUUUUUUCUUUUUCUGGUAGCUAUUAUACAUGAUUAAUUUAAUGGAUAAACAUUUUAGUCGAUAAGAUUUUAAUUCCUGCCUUUACGUCCCCAAAAAAAUCUAUCAGUUUCUGUUUUCAAUGUAUGUCAAACAAGUCAUGAAUAUUGUAUGCAGGAUCAUAAUAUAAUAUAUAAUAUAUAAAAAACAUUUCAGAAACUGAAAAGUAAAUAUAAUGUUUGCUGGAAAAGGGGAAGGAUUU